AUGGUUCCCGCGCCCAUUCUCCUCGGGCUCUGCGCCCUGUCGCACCUAGCACUCAGUAAUCAGGACGAGCAUCUACGACCCAGCGCCGAGCUUGCACGCCUUCGCGCACCGCAAAUCUUCAACGCCGUCCACAACGCCCUGCGGCAAUGGGGCUCGUCAGUCCACCACAACGGCAUGUCGCUCUUCCUCGCCACCGUCCCCCCAGGCGUCCUCUUCCACCACGGAAACCUCCGCCCACAAAGCCCCUCCGAGCCAGACUGGCUCGCGUACGAGGUUGAACACGCGGAAGGAUUCACGCGCAGCUUCGGCCCGCCGCCGAAGCAGAAUCCGGGGUCGUCAUCCGCACACCGGCAAAACGUCCUGGGCGGCGGCGCGGAAAGAGGCUGGCUCCACGUGUACCGGACCACUCGGCCGCUUCGGUUCCUCUACGUCGACGGCAUGAGCGGCGGGAAGACGGACAUGGGGACCCUCGACACGCAGGAUUACCUGCUGCGCAGCCGCUACUCUCAUGAAGAUAAACGACAGGGCAACACGCCUAUACGAGAGCGGGAGCGGGCCGAGUUCCUAUGCCGGCUUUGUGAGGAGUGGGAUCUGCAGGGGAUUAUUCGCAUGGAGGCUGGGUUUGAGAUUAUCAAGUGCGAUUUUACGGAUGGGUUGGAGCAAGUGCAGGCUUUUCGGCGGAGUAGUCGUGAACUUCGGAGCGAGACGCGGCAGUUUGAGUACCUCCGCGGCAUAGCGGAGCGGUACUUUGACAUUGGAUCGUCGCGGACCGUGAUUGACUAUUCGUCCAUGGUGUCGGCGUUUUUUUUCUCGGUUAAUUUGACUAAUCCUGAUGCUGGGCGGCCUGAUCUACCGAGGCUUUCUGAAGCUACUGGUGCCGAGCUAGCUGCUAUCAACAAGUAUUUCAAUGCUACUGUUGAGAAGCGUCGAGAUGAAACCCCACCAAGUAUAGACUGGCAAGAUGUCUCGGAUAUCAUUGUUAGCCGGUACGCCGACAGAUUGGAAUACAUGGUCCAACACGUCCCUUCGGUGGACGUGCUAGCGCUGGAAGUAGCCUUCCUGCUCGACGUAUACAUCGAUUACCCCGACGAGGAUGAACCGUCUUUGGAAAAUGCCGCGCAGCACUGCCGCGAUUUUUAUCUACAGGCAAUUUCUCCGGCGUCGGAAUCUGAUCAUCUCAUUCAUGCGGCCUUUCGACAAGUCACGACGGAGAUUUGCACGGCGCUUUUUGCCGUCCGCGAGUUGUUGGAGAGCGAACAGCUGACGGGUGAGCAAACACUCGCAGCGGCUAGAAAAAGGCUGCAGUCGCUGGUGGACUAUCUAGACUGGGCGCGCUUUAAGCGCUGUUCUGGGUGUGGCGUCGAUGAGGUUUGUGUGAUUCCCAUGUGGCCGUUUGGCAACGAAGAGGACUAUUACCAUCCGCGGUGUCGGAAUUCAUCCGACACCCGCGGAGGGAAGAGCUACUGGGGCAGAUUUACACCCUAG